ACGACGUUCUUCCGGCGCAUUGUCGCAGACGUCGCAUUCGUCACGUCGUAAGUAGCGGUUAUUGGCGACGAAGGUGAUCGUAUCGGAGAGACAUUGGCAUCAGGAUCAACUAUUUCGUCAGGAAGUAAUCGAUCCGCAUUGGAUCUCGCCGGCUCGCCAAGAUGACCGCUAUACCAGGAACGGUGGCGUUCGACGAGUACGGCCGGCCCUUCAUCAUCAUCCGCGACCAGGAGAAGCAGCGACGCCUCACCGGUCACGAUGCUAUCAAGUCGCAUAUAAUGGCAGCACGCAAUGUGGCAAACAUCCUUAAAACAUCGUUGGGGCCUAAGGGAUUGGACAAGUUAAUGGUGAGCUCAGAUGGAGACGUCACUGUAACCAAUGAUGGUGCAACAAUCUUGAAAAACAUGGAUGUCGAUCACGAAAUAGCCAAGCUGAUGGUUCAAUUGUCGAAUUCUCAAGAUGACGAGAUUGGUGAUGGUACAACUGGAGUAGUCGUGUUAGCUGGUGCACUUCUGGAACAAGCUGAACAGCUGCUGGACAAGGGUAUUCAUCCAAUCAGAAUUGCUGACGGUUUUGAAUUGGCAGCCAAGUGUGCAACUGAGCAUCUCAAGACAAUAACAGACGAUUUCAAAGGAACCCCAGAAAAUUUGGAGCCUUAUAUCGACAUAGCUAUGACUUCAUUAGGUUCAAAAAUCAUUAACAAGCAUCACAGGCAGAUGGCGGAAAUUGCUGUGCAAGCUGUAUUGGCAGUUAUGGAUCCUGUCACUCGCGACGCUAACUUUGAACUAAUUAAGAUAGAAGGAAAAGUUGGUGGUAGAUUGGAGGAUACUGUCUUAGUACGCGGUGUCAUUGUCGAUAAAGACUUCAGUCAUCCACAAAUGCCGAAGAGAUUAGAAAACGUCAAACUAGCCAUCUUGACAUGUCCAUUUGAACCACCAAAACCGAAAACGAAGCACAAGUUGGAUGUCACGUCGGUCGACGACUACAGAGCCUUGCGUGAUUACGAGCGCGAGAAGUUCACGGAAAUGGUGAAACAGGUUAAAGCAGCCGGCACGACACUAGCUAUUUGUCAGUGGGGCUUUGACGACGAAGCUAACCAUCUUCUGCUGCAGAAUGAUUUGCCCGCGGUUAGAUGGGUCGGCGGCCCAGAGAUUGAACUCAUUGCUAUUGCAACCGGCGGACGUAUUGUACCUCGUUUCGAGGAAUUAACGCCGGAAAAACUUGGUCAUGCCGGUGUUGUCAGGGAAUUGACAUUUGGCACAACAAAGGACCGAAUGCUAGUCAUCGAGGAAUGUCAGAACUCUCGCGCUGUGACGAUCUUUAUUCGUGGCGGCAACAAAAUGAUUAUCGAAGAAGCGAAACGAUCGCUACAUGACGCAUUGUGCACCGUACGCAACGUAGUGAAAGACAACAAGAUUCUUUACGGUGGAGGUGCGGCAGAAAUCUCUUGCUCGCUAACAUGUAUGGCGCAGGCUGAUAAAAUCAGUACUUUGGAACAGUACGCCUUCCGUGCCUUUGCCGAAGCUUUAGAGAGUGUUCCUAUGGCGCUCGCGGAAAAUUCAGGCCUUUCUCCGGUGGAUACCAUAGCGGAAAUUAAAGCACGUCAAUUGGCCGAAAAAAAUCCCGCUCUUGGUAUAGAUUGCUUAAAUCGAGGCACAGCGAAUAUGAAGAGACAAAAUGUUAUCGAGACGUUGGCGAGCAAGACGCAACAAAUUUUAUUGGCUACGCAGCUCGUGAAGAUGAUCCUGAAAAUUGACGACAUACGCUCGUCUCACGACGGUGGAUCUUAAAAACUAAGUUAAUUUAAUUAUGUUUUAUUAUAUUAAAUAUUCUAAUUGGUAUCGUUCUAUCUGCUGCGUUUAUUUUUGCAUUUGUAAUAAUUUAGAGCUUCAAUUGAUUAAAUUGAAAAUUUUUUCAGUAAAUUUUACAAUAUGUAAUAUUGGGAUACAUUAUCUCUGAUUUGUAUACCGAUAUGGCAAUACAAUUAUUAAGCGAUACCUGAUUCACAG